GAUGAAUAUUGAACUGUGAUUAGAACAUAUUGAAAGAAGAAAAAUCUAAAUCUAUAUUUUUUUUAAAAAAUGUGAUAAUGAAUCUGAUCUCAUGAGGUAAAUUUCUCAUUCUGUAAACUUGUGGUGACCAUGGUGGAGGGGAGAACCGACUUCUCCUAGUUGUCCUCUGACCUACAAAACAUGUGCUGUGAAAUGCAUGCACCUCCCCCCCCAACAGACACAUGUACUCACACAAUGAAACAAACAUAAAUAAAUGAAUAACUUUAAAAUGCAAAAAGAACUUCUGGUAAAAGUAACCAUUGUGUAACAUGGGCUGUUUGUGGUCUAUUACUUUAACACUUGCCACUUUUUUUUCUGCUCCUAGAGAUGGAACCUAGAGCUAUACAUUGCUACCACUGACUUACAACCUCAUGUAGUCUGUUAUUUUUAGUAAGAUCACUAUAUAGUUCAAUUGAAGAUGUUAGCUCACAGCUUUCCCAAAUAAAAGAAUGUAGGUAAGUUAGGCUUCAUAAUUAAUAAGAGAAGACAUUUGAAGUUAUUGCUGACCGACACAUAAUAAUUGUCUGUAUUAGGCUGAAGAGAUGAUUCAACAGUUAAGAGCACUGGCUGCUUUUCAGGAUAACCUAGCAGGUUCAGUUCCCAGCACUCACAUGGCUGUUCACAAACAUCUCGAACUCCAGUUCCUGUGUAUUUUACCUUUCUCCUAACUUCUGUGGGCUACUGCAUGCAUGUGAUAUACAGAGAUAUGCUCAGGCUCCCAUAUAUGCAUAAAAUAAAAGUAUUAAAAAUAAUUGUGGCCAUGUCAGGUGGUAUAUACCUUUAAUCCUAGCCCAUAGGAAGCAGGCCAAUCUGAGGUUGUGGCCAGCCUCACAUACAGAGAGUUCCAGGAAAGCCAGGGAUUCAUAGAGAAAACUAGUCUCAAAAAAAAAAAAAAAACCCACAAAAAAGAAAAAAAAAGUUGUAUGUGCAAAAUGUACUUUCACACACAUAUACAUUGUGUAGUGAUGUGACUAUCACAUUUAAACAUUUAUCAUUUUUUGUUGUAAGAACAUUUAAAAUGCUCUCUUUUUAGCUAUUUUGGGGGGAAGGUUAAUUUGAGGGAGAAUCUUCUCCAUCUUAAAAAGUUUGCAUGCAUAUUCUGUCCUUUCUAGAUUAUUAUCAGGAUUCAACUUCACAAACUAUAACCUUUCUCAAUGCUUAGAUCAGGAUAGAAUAUAGUAAAACAAUACAGAAUCGAAGUUUAAGUCUCAGCCAGGGCAGGACAAGAGGACAAGGUAUCAGCAAAGUACUACCUUCACAAAGAAUCUUAGCAUUCCACCUUAAAAAAAUCUAACUACGCAGAGGCAAGCCGGUCCCAUUUAGACAGUUCCUAAGGAGGAGAGUGGUUUUUUUUUCUCUCUCCCUCCACUCUUAGGAUGUGCCUGAUCUUCUUGAAUAGUCCAGCACUAGUUAAUCCACCAGGUUCUAUCAGGUUAAGUAGUUAGGGGACUGUGUUAACUCUGAAUUACAAUGAGCAGCAGGGAAGGAUCUGUCAGCUGACUAAUCAGGGAUAGUGGAUUUUUUUGCAGCUCUGCCGCCGUGGUGGUAAUGGAAGCAGCCGUAGCUUUGUUUGAUAAAGAUUUUUGGCUGCCGGUUUUAAAUCCCACCCAAGAAGCAGCUCAUAUUUCAUCAAUGUUGCGUUGACAAUCGGAAAAGAAGAGUGUAAUUGUGUAUAGGCGAGAUGGCAGAAGCAAAUCCCCCGAGAGGCAAGAUGAGGUUCAGAAGGAAUGCGGCCUCUUUCCCUGGGAACUUACACUUAGUCCUGGUUUUACGUCCUACCAGUUUUCUUCAACGGACUUUCACAGACAUUGGAUUUCGAUUUAGCCAGGAGGAUUUUAUGCUCAAAUUACCAGUUGUUAUGCUGAGCUCAGUUAGUGAUUUGCUGACAUACAUUGAUGACAAGCAGUUAACCCCUGAGUUAGGCGGCACCUUGCAGUACUGCCACAGUGAAUGGAUCAUCUUCAGAAAUGCCAUAGAGAAAUUUGCUGUCACAGUGAAAGAAAUGGCUCAGAUGUUGCAAUCCUUUGGAACAGAACUGGCUGAAACAGAGCUACCAGAUGAUAUCCCUUCAAUAGAAGAGAUUCUGGCAGGUCGUGCUGAAAGGUAUCAUCUAUUGAAGAAUGACUUAACUACUGUAACCAAAGAAGGAAAAGUUCUUCUCAUGAACCUGCAAGUGCCUGACACUGAAGAAAAUCUCAGUUCAAGUCAUGAAUGUCCCCAGCAUAUAAAUGGUGACUGGCAAACUAUUAAAAAGUUGCUGGCUCAGGUGCAUGAUAUGGAAACUGCUUUUGAUGGAUUUUGGGAAAAACAUCAGCUGAAAAUGGAGCAAUAUCUGCAACUGUGGAAGUUUGAGCAAGAAUUUCAAGAGGUUGUGACUCAAGUUGAAUUUUUAUUAAGUCAACAGAGAGAACUGGGUGAUGUAACGGGGAACUUAGCUCAAGUAAAACAAAGACUUAAAAAAAUAGAGAUCUUGGAUGACAAAUCUCAGGAACUGUUAGCCAAGGGCCGGAUUGUGAUAUUGCAUGGCCACAAGCUGGCAUCGAAUCACCACUAUGCCCUUGAUUUAAUCUGCCAGAGGUGUAAUGAGCUACGCUACCUUUCUGAUAUUUUAGUUAAUGAGAUCAGAUCAAAGCGGAUCCAGCUGAGUAGGACUUUCAAAAUGCACAGACUUCUACAGCAGGCACGUCAGUGCUGUGAUCAAGGGGAAUGCCUCCUGGCUAACCGGGGAAUGGAUAAGUUUCAGACUAAAGAAGAUGCUCAGAAAGCCCUUCAGGAUGUGGACAAUUUCCUUCAAAUGGCCAUGCCUUUCAUCAAUUAUGAUAUCGAAAACCUGCAAUUUGAAUUUGAUGUGCUCCUAUCUCCUGAACUCAAGGCUCAAAUGAAGAAUAUACAACGAAAGCUUGAAAAUAUUCGAAGUGUAUUUGAGAAUCAACAGAAUGCUUAUAAGAUCUCAAAAGAUAGACCUGAGGGGGCAGUCCAGCGUAUGAUUCCGGCACCUGAAAGUGUGAUGAGAGCCAGAACAAUAUUCUUUUCACCUAAACAUGUGAAAAAGUCUUGGAGACAGAUUCAAGCUCAGAGCAAUGUGAAAGUCCAAGCCACUCAGGAUAGCCAAGAGAAGAAUUUUGAUCAGCCUCCCAAAUUGGACAGUAGCUUGGAUAUUUUAAAGAACCAUGUUCUGAAUGAACUGAUCCAGACAGAGAGGGCCUAUGUUCGAGAGCUGUUUACUGUUUUGUUGGGCUACCGAUCUGAGAUGGACAAUCCACAGAUGUUUGAUCUUAUGCCACCUCUCCUGAGAAAUAAAAAGGAUGUUCUCUUUGGAAAUAUGGCAGAAAUAUAUGAAUUUCAUAACAACAUUUUCAUGAGCAGACUGGAAGAUUGCUCUGAUGCUCCAGAAAGAGUGGGACCUUGCUUCCUGGAAAGGAAGGAAGAUUUUCAGAUGUAUGCCAAAUACUGUCAGAAUAAACCCAGGUCAGAGUUAAUUUGGAGGAAGUAUUCUGAAUGUGCCUUUUUCCAGGAAUGUCAACGGAAAUUGAAACAUCGACUUGGUCUGGAUUCCUAUUUGCUCAAGCCAGUUCAACGAAUCACUAAGUAUCAGUUGCUUUUAAAGGAGCUUUUAAAGUAUAGCAAAGAAGGUGAAGGAACUACUAAAUUGAAGGAGGCCCUUGACUCAAUGCUGGAGCUGCUCAAGUCAGUGAAUGAUUCCAUGCAUCAGACUGCCAUCAAUGGCUAUGUUGGAAAUAUGAAUGAUCUGGGAAAGAUGAUUCUUCAAGGUGCCUUCAGUGUUUGGGUAGGACAUCGGAAAGGUGCUACCAAGAUGAAGGAUUUUGCCCGGUUCAAACCCAUGCAGAGACACCUUUUCUUGUAUGAAAAAGCUGUUAUGUUUUGUAAGAGGCGUUUCGAAUCUGGAGAAGGUGCUGACAGAUACCCAUCAUACAGUUUUAAGCACUGCCUAAAAAUGGAAGAAGCUGGUAUCACAGAGCAUGUGAAAGGCGAUAACCGAAAAUUUGAAAUAUGGUAUGGUGAGAAGGAAGAAAUUUAUAUUGUUCAGGCUCCAAAUAUUGAUGUGAAGAUGUUAUGGCUAAAAGAAAUAAGAAACAUUUUGUUGAAGCAGCAGGAACUUUUGACUGCUAAAACCCAGCAGGAUCAGUUAAGCGACCAGGACCAACUUCCUCCCCAGCAGCAGAAUGCUGAAAAGCAAGAAGAAACUCUUUUAAAUGCUGUGGAAGCAGGAGCAGAAGUGGAACAAGCGAGUGCCAUGAUGGAGGUCAGGGAGGCAGCUCUGCUAGUUCAGGCAGAAGCAAAUUGCACAACUUGGAAUGGGAUGCUGCCAUGUACAGAAGGCACCGCUGCCACUGCUGAGCAUCCAUGCAACUCUCUCUCCCCUAACAGCGACAAUGGAGAAGACAGGUCACAAAUGAGAUCCAUGUCGGAGGUUCAGUUUUAAAGAAGCCACAGUGUCAACCUGUCACUGUUUUAAAGAAGCAACAGUGUCAAGUCGUUCUACCUGCCUGCUUCUCCACCCACGUGGAAAAAACACCACUGAAAAGUGUUUCAUCCCAAAUGGUGGGAUUUUUCCAGAUUAAUAUAUGUAAACAUGCACAGAAUCAACAGCAUAGAUGUCUUCUUUCUCUUCGUCCACUUCAAAGCAUUUUACUUCUAGUACUUUUUAAUUUGUAAAAUUUCAUAAGUGUGUAAGACAUUGUGCAGGAUCUCAUCUCAGAAUAUUUUUGACUUGAAAAUUGUUUCUUCUCUGUCUACUUUACAACCAAAUGCAAUCAGUGUGCCUUGAAUUGUUUAGCUUACUAUUAAUUAAGUUAAACUUAGGGCUGUAGAAUAAUUUAGGCCAAGUGAAGCACAACAUUAUGAUUUGAAGCGCUUUUUAGACCCAGUGCUCCUUUAAUCCAUGCAAGAUAAUGGCAGCGUUCAGAAGUCCUGGGGGGUGGGGGGCAUUAAUAAAUUCUAUUCAGGGCUAAUUGCCUUUUCUAUGUGCCAAGAUGAACUUUUCCUGAAAGUAGUUUACAAAUUGCAUUCAAAAUGUAAUAUUUUCAAGCUUGUUUCUUUUUCCAAAUUUGGGCUUAUAAUUCAUAUAGCAAAUUAGCUGUGCUCUAUUAUCUUCUGUACAUUUCAUGCUGUAAUCCUUUUUCCCAAAUAAAAAUGAAACCUUCAGGUUCUACAAAUUCA